UCUCGCCACUAAACUGAAAGAGAUUCACUCCAGAAACUCGACAUUUUCGAAUUGAGUAGACACACACACCCUUGCCCAGGUCCUUCUGCACAACUCAGCCGAGCUGGCCGUCUGUGCGCCUGGAGGAGUUGCCUGCGUUCAGGAGACAGCUGAGGGAUGAGAAUGCGCGGAAAGGAGAAACGAGAACGUUUUUUAGCUUCAGGAGUGCGAGGCACUGGAGCGUUCGAUGACUGUCGGAUGCGGAAUUCUCAGAUUUAGCAAGAAAAGCCGUCGCCCCCGUCUUCCCCUGAUGAGCACCCGCGUCUCUCGUCUCCACUUCUUCCUCCUCAUAUUGAAGUCCCAAAUUCUUAUAUCGUCUAUGGGAGGAACGGCUUCUCUUGCUCUCGACAGACUCUGUUGCAUGCAGAAACCUCCCCCCGUGUCUGUACGCCUGACGCUUGGACCUUCUUUUGGAGAACUGAAUUCUUGAACUCUCUCUCGGCUCUCUCCACACAGACGCUUAGCACCCGAAGACGUCUCAUUUUCUUCUCUUCCUUGUCUGCUCCGUAUCUUCUUUUUCUCUUCGUCAGUUCAGUAGACACACCGAACAUGAACCUCACCCCACAGAGGUCGGUCCCAAUCGAGACUGGAGUUUCCCCGUAGCCUGUCUUAGUGAGGUGCUACUGCUCUUCUCACAGUCGCCGCCGCUUCGCUCCUGCCCCCGCAUCGGGUCCUCCUUCCUUCUCUAAGUAGCUGCUUUCUUUUCCUCUCCUUCUCCGUCUCCCUCUUCUCCGUCUCCACCUUCUCUGCCUCUUUUCUUUUUCUCGGUUGUCCAAGAUGCAUGCAUCGACGCGGAACAGUGCCGCGCGUUCGUCUUCUUCGUCGCUCUCUGCGUCGGGGGGCGAGGCAUCUCGAGUCGCCGGAAGCUCGGGAGUUUCGGGCAGACCAGUUCUGCAUGCGAAGAAGGCGAGCUUGCGGUCAACAUCAACUCGCUGCAGCAAGCCCCCGAACGGAGAGAAGAAGACUUCGCCUGACAACGAAAACGAGGGAACUCCGAAUACGCGCGAGGCUCCGCGGCGAAGCAGCGCCUCGCCGCGGGUGUCUGGACACCCCCCGGCAGAGCGGUCGGAGUCGCUGUCGGGCAGCCGGAAAGGCCAGACGCAUGCAGCGAAGCUGCUGAUGGAUUCGGGGAACUUGAGUCGGCGCGAGAGACCGAGAGACGAGCUCUCCAGAAAAGGCGGCGACGCGGCGUUCACACUACCGCCGACUGCGAAACCUGGUUGCGUCACCUCGGGAGCCGAGAAGAAACAAGCUACCGCCCUCGCCUCAUCCAGCCGCUUCUGCUGCUUCCUCGGCCUGGGUUCCGGAGGCGUCUACACACCGAAGCAGAGGCGGCCGGGGCAGGCGCAGACGGCGAAGGCACCUGCCGGCGCGGUGGCUGUCCAGAGCGCAGGGACAGGGACGGUUCGUGGUUUCUUUUCUCAGCCGGAACUUUGUCGAGAAUCGUCUCCAGAACGCGAGGACAGGCCAGCGGUGUCGGCGACGGGCGAGGCGCCAGAACAGAGUCUUUCUGUCCGGAUCGACUCCUCUGUCGACGUGGACGCUUCUCAACGCGCCGAGCGGUCGCGUCCUCCUGUCUCCUCGCUCGCCGCUUGUGGAGCAUGCCCGCCGCCGUCGGCGCAUGCGCCAGAACAGGCUGCACUGCCUUGUGUAAGUCCUCUGUCGACCGAAGAUUCUUCCAAGUCGUCGUCUCUCCGGCACUUCCGUCGUCCCCCUCUCUCUGCGUCUGCGGAUGCUUCUUUUUCCUCGUCUUCUUCCUCUCUGUCACUUCCUUCUUCGUCCUCUUCGUCCUCCUCUUCUUCCGCGGUUGCUUCCUCUUCCUCUUCUUCUUCUUCCGCGUUUGCUUCCGCGGCUCUCGCGUUCUCGUCGUCUGCCUGUUCGCCGUAUUCCCCUUCACCGCGUCGACCGGCGUUUCCAAGCAGCCUCGGCGGCUUUUCGCCUCACUCGCCUUUCUCUGUGCGGAGUCACGGGAGCGCACUGUCUGCAGAUCUGUCGCCGAAGGCUUCGACUCCUCUUCACCCCGAUGUAUUUCUGAACUUCGUCGACUCCGCUUUCCUCAUCUUUCCGAGCACCAGAGAACAAACGCGCGCGACAGCUGAGGAGAUGCUCCAGGCAGCGCAGCGAGAGGCCGAACAUGGCGGCGAAGGCGAGCGAGAAAACGUUGAAGGAGACGGAGGAGGAGAGAGAGCGAAAGGCGAAGCAGAGAAGGGAGAAGGAGAGAAGGGAGAAGCAGAGAAGGGAGAAGCAGAGAAGGGAGAAGGAGAGAAGGGAGAAGCAGAGAAGGGAGGGAAGAACAAAAGAGGAACUGCAUGCGCGGAGCAAGGAGAGAGAGAAGACGUGACUUCGAAGCGAAGGCGGCUUGGGGCGACACACGAGACUUCUGGCUCGACGGAAGUCGCAAGGUCGGAGGAAGAAGAGAGAAAACUCGGCAAAGGACAGAAAGCGCGCGAGGCAAGGACGGAGACAGCAAGCACAGGAUCUGCUUCUCUCAUUUCUGUGAGUGGAGCUGCAUGCGUCGAGGGCUCUCGGCUGGACUCUGGACAUUCGCGCGUCUCUCAAGACGGCCGAAACGCGUCCUUCGCUCGAUCGCCUCUGUGCGGCCGCGACCUGCGCAGUGCCAUCUCGGCUGUCUGUACGCCCCGCAUGUUCCCUGCCUGGCCUGGCGACGAAGCGCCUUCUCCCGGCUCUUCUCUGUCUUCUCCCGUCCAGUCGCCUCCCUCAGGACGGGCGUGGAGAGGCAGAGGUGACGCGCGAGCAUUCGCAGACUGUCUCCGACUCGAGGCGCAGCGACUCGCGGAGGCGGCCAAGAAAAGAGACCUCAUGCAUCUCCUCCGCAGCACCAGCCUCGAACUACCACACCUCAACCGCCACGGAGUCUCCCUCAUCUACGGUCCGCGAGUUCCUGGGGACGACGGCUUCGAUUACAGAGUUGUUUACUGGGGCGAGACAGCUGCCUGUUCUCCCGAAGAAAAAGUUAGAAAUCAAAUGCGCGCUCAAGCCUUUCGAGAACGCAUUCGGAACCUCGCGCUUCAGUCUCCGGACGGGCUCCUGACGGUCCAGCAGCUUGUUCUCGACCUGGACAUCAACAUGAGCAGAGGCUGGAUUCACUACGCGAAACUGGUUCUCGCUGGGAACAGCAGCGGCGAGAGAGAGAGAGAGAGUGACGACGAGACCAGGUGCUUCGACCUGCUUGCUGUUGCGAGUUUCUUCUUCUCGCGUCAAUUCGCCCGUGUUGGCAGUGACACCGCGUCUGUCGCUCUGACUGAAAGAAACGCGAAAUGCUUUUCUGGGAUCGGUUCGCCUCUUCCAUUUCGGUCUCUUUUUCUCUCUCCGUCACUCGUCUGCUGUCUCUUCCCUCGUCACGCUUCCCUGUGCCUCUCUCUUCUCCGUCAUAUCUCUCAGGAACGAUCCGUACACCGAAUUUCUGUUGCGUCGACCUCGUAACGAGUCUUCCUCUUCUGCCUCUUCAGCCUCUUCUUCUGUUUCCUCUUUUGCCUCUUCUUCUGUUUCCUCUUCUUCCUCUUCUUCUGUUUCCGCUUCUUCCGCAUCCUCAACUGCUUGUUGAGUCGACGCGCUUUCCAAGACGCGAGUGCAGACACCGUCUGGAGGGUACAAGCUUCUCACGUUCAGUCGCCAGUUCCGCGCAGACGUAUUGUCGACUUUUUUUCUCUGUGCACCGAACGACGAGAUGAUGGAUGACGUUUAGGAGCUCUUCCAGAGAGUCCUCCGGCGGCGGCAGACGCACUGAAGAAGGUCCGCGACGCAGGACACUGACUUCUGUGGGAGGCGCUGUUUCCGGCGCGCGUGUAGACAUUUGAAUUCAGAAUCAAAGUAAGUCUUUUGUCAGGUGCAGGUCUGCCUGCCCUCGCGGCUUUCGUCUCCUCAACUUCUGUUUCGUUAUUCCGCGUCGCCUCUCGUGCUUUGAACUCCUUGCGACUCCUGGGGACGGACACAGCGCAGGUAGAUUUAGACUCUGUGUCUGGGAACCAGGUUCCCUGUUGGAGAACCGCGAUUUGAAGAGACACAACAUUUAUCUGACAGCGAACGUGGUAUCGACCGUGCAGAGAAACAUUUCAAGUUUUCGUCUGUUCCCGGCAAAACCUUCGGUCGCAUGCAUGCAGUUCCGC